CUUAUAUUUCUUCCUUAACCUGAGAAAGUUGGUGAAGCGCAUGGGACUAGUUAAUGCGCCUCUGGAAUACUUGUAGGCGUGCGCUGAAUCGUGACCAUUACACCCCUACAACACCUGUCACCCAGUUACAGAGUCAUGACGUGCCUGAACGGCCACUGGAAGCUGGAGUCCAACGGCGAGAAUUGGGAAGAGUACAUGAAAGCAAUGGGUGUGAACAUAGUCCUACGUAAGGUAGCCAACAACCUGACGAUUUACGAAGAAUUGAAGCAGGAGGGGGAGGAGUGGGUGCUGAACCUCACUUCAACCUUCAAGAACCAGUACCUCAGGUUCAGACUGGGGGAAGAGUUCCCGGAGAGCACGGCCGACGGCAGGAAACCUAUGUCAACCUUGACAGUCGAGGAUAACAAACUGGUGCACAAACAAAGGGCCGUCAAGAAAAAUGAAAUAGAUUCCACAAUAAUAAGAGAGCUGAUAGACUCGGAAACAAUGCAUUUGACCGCCAUAGCUCACUGUGCCAACGGAACGGAUGUGACGUGUGUACGGGUGUUUAAACGGUACACGCCAUGACGUCGGCGUGACGUAGAUCUACUACCUGUAAUAUCACACAUAGUCACGAAUCUUAUUGUUUAAUAGAACAAAUUAGAGUGCAUGGUAAGCAUUUUUAGGAAGGGAAAUUCAAGUGAUGUGCACAAACUGUCUGAAUGAUAUUUUGCAUGCACUGUGUGCAACUAUAUGCAGCCAGUAAUACAGUUACAUAGCUUAUGGGGCCAUAGCAACUGCCUUCAAGUUCCAUAUACAUGUGUAUUUGUGUUAGAAUGAAUACCUAUUUCUUAACAGCAUUUAAUGCGUUUUUUUUAUAGAAUUACACCUGAAACGGGCCAAGAGAACACAAAUGUCAAGGAACGUUUGAAACCCGUGAAGCAACACGCUGAUCACAGUGGGGUUGUUUGGCGUACAUUAGACGUUAAUUGUCAGUGGUUUCAUUAUAACGUGUCAAGUUUCUGUCUGAACUUUACAACUGGGCUGGUGCAUACCCUGUUAAGGGAAUAUACACAAUGCUUUCUACCACCGUACAGAGAAUAACUGAAUAGAGAAUAGCCCUGUCACCUGUAUACGGGUUUUCUUCAGUUUAGUCAAUAAAGGUCAUACAGAUUUAUGCGUCAUUGAUGUGUGUUUACUGGCUUGU